GUUUCAAAGCUGGAUCCACGAGGAAGGACGGAUCGAAGACGUGUAUCUGCCACGACAAGAAGUGGAUAUGCAUUGUUCUCAAUAUGCCUGUGGAAGCACCCCCGCCUGGACAAGGAAUACCGCCACCCUUCCCGCCUGGACAAGGAAUACCACCUCCCUUCCCGCCUGGACAAGGAGUACCGCCACCAUUGCCGCCUGGACAAGGAAUACCGCCACCAUUGCCGCCCUCUCCGUGUGAAGGAUGUCUGAUUAAAGGGAAGUGUCAUAAGUCUGGAUACACGGAGCGAUCGAAAUUCAAGGAUGGAGGAUCAAUGACGUGUUCCUGUACAGGGAAGGACUGGUCCUGUACUGGAGUGGGGGCACCAGUCUUCAUGGAACCGCCCCCUAACAUGGCUCCACCCCCUAAUAUGCCUCCGCCCCCUAACAUGGCUCCACCCCCUAACAUGGCCCCACCCCCGGAAUGCAAAGGUACGUACGCGUAUAAAAUAUAUUUUAAAUGUAUUUAAAAGAACACAAUUUUAUAUCAGCGUGACAUACAGUAUG